GCUACGUUCGACAGUACCAGUUACCGCGAGGUCCGCCCUGCACGAUGCAAUGCUAAGCGUACCGCCUCCCGUACCAUGUCGUGUUGCGGCAAGAAAAGUGAACGCGAAGGCGGCGACGGGAAAAAAUCUGGCGCCCUCGUCUCGUGCCUGCUCAGCUGCUGCGUGUUCUGGUUCAUAGUCUGCGCUUCCCUCCUCGCCGCGCUCGUCUUUAUCGGUCGUCACAUAGAGUACAACAGCGGGACCGGUACUUUCGCCGCGAGACGUCACGGCAAAGCGGCGGUGGGCGUUCCCGACGUCACGCGUCCGACCCGCUACAAGAGACUGUCGAACGAUACGCGCCCUCUCGCGUACAAUCUGACCCUCGCCCCGCGUUUAGACAGGGGCGACUUCGACGGGUUCGUCAAUAUCACGGUAGAGGUCGCGAAAGCGCGUGACGAUUUCGUGGUCCACGGUAAGAAGCUGACGGUGACGUCGGUGGAGAUACGGCGAGGGGAUGGGAGGACGUUGCGCGUCGUCAGCGUCACCGAGCACCUCGAGGACGAGGUGCUGGUGGUCGUCGCCGCCGAGAGGAUCACCCCCGGGGUGUACCACGUGGCGUUCAAGUUCCGCGGCAGCCUCGUCGACCGGAUAACGGGGCUGUAUCGGAGCAGUUACAAGGCCGACGGAGUCACGAGAACCAUGGCCACGUCCAAAUUCGAGCCCACCUACGCGAGACAGGCGUUCCCUUGCUUCGAUGAGCCCAACAUGAAAGCCAAGUACGUCGUUCAUCUGCUGAAACCGAAAGCUGACAACUACAUCGCCCUCUCGAACUACCCCGUUGACACCACGGUAUCCUACGACACCGACAACGAUUUGGUGACCUUCAAGGAGACCGUGUCCAUGUCCACCUACCUGACGUGCUUCAUAGUUUCCGAUUUUAAGUUCACCGAGACCACCUUCAACAACAACGGCACCCCCGUAGCCCUCAGGGUCUACGCGAGCCCGGGAAACUUAAACAAAACCACCUACGCGGGAGAAGUAGCCAAAAAAGUCAUCGAAUUCUACGUCGAUUACUUCGGGAUAUCGUAUCCCUUGCCAAAAUUAGACAUGGUAGCCAUACCGGACUUCGUGUCCGGAGCUAUGGAACACUGGGGUCUGGUGACGUACAGAGAGACGGCUCUGCUCUACACCAACGCCACUCACUCGUCGGCCAACAAGCAGAGGGUGGCUACCGUGAUCGCCCACGAGUUAGCCCACAGCUGGUUCGGAAAUUUAGUUACCAUGGACUGGUGGAACGACCUCUGGUUGAACGAAGGCUUCGCCAGUUACAUAGAGUUCAAGGGUACUGCCGCGGCCGAACCAGAUUGGGAAAUGAUGUCCCAGUUCCAGACCUCGGAUCUCCAUUCGGUGUUGUCGCUGGACGCUACUCUAUCUUCCCAUCCCAUCGUCGUCAGCGUCACAACUCCUGAUGAGAUUACAGCUAUUUUCGAUACGAUCUCGUACAAUAAGGGAGCAUCGAUCUUGCGGAUGCUGGAGGACACAGUGGGCGAGGAAAACUUCCGCAAAGGUGUCACCAACUACUUGAACAAGUACGCUUACGGUAACGCGGUCACGAAGAACUUCCUGGAGGAAAUCCAAGCGGUGGUGGGGUCGGGUUUCAAUGUCGCGCAGAUGAUGGACACGUUCACCGCGCAGAUGGGGUACCCCGUCGUCGACGUCACGUACGACGCGACCAGCGGCGCUUACGUGUUAACCCAGAAGAGGUUCCUCAAGGACCCAAACGCUACGUACGACAUGAGCAACGUCACCUAUCAGUACAAAUGGACGAUCCCGAUCACGUACGUGACCGAUAUCGGGAAAUCCGGGGGCUUGAUCCUGUUUCCCUAUUCGCAGGAGAGCAUCACCGUGCCCAAACCGACUGGAGCGAGUUGGUUGAAGUUCAACUACGACCAAAUCGGGUACUACCGGGUGAACUACGAUCCGGCCACGUGGCAGGGCCUCAUCGAGAUCUACAACCAGUUGGGUUUGAUGGACAGGACGCACCUUCUGGAGGAGACCUUCAGUAUCGCGGAGGCGGGCCAGUUAAGCUACGACGUUCCGCUCGACUUGACGAAGAAGUUGACGCAGGAGUUGGGCUACGCCCCCUGGAGCGUGGCGUCCUCGAAGCUGCAGGACGUAUUGAAGUAUUUGAAGGGGUCGAGUCAGGAAGCCUCGUUCAAGAACUACGUGAAGGGGAUCGUAUCCAACGCGUACAAUAACUUCACGUGGGACGAGAGCUACGAAGACGGUCACGUGACGAGACUUACCAGGGUGGUGGUGCUCACUCUCGCGUGCGCAGUGGAGCACGAGGAGUGCGUGGCGCAGGCGGAGCGGAAGUUUAAUGAUUGGAUUGCUAACCCGUCGCAGGGCUUGUCGCAGGAUUUGAGAGGCAUCGUCUACAAAUACGGCAUGUUGAACGCCGACGAGACAACCUGGGGCAGGCUGUUGGAUGUCUACGUCGCGGAGACCGACGCCACCGAGAAGCUGAAGCUAGUCAAUGGCCUGGCCAGCGUUAAGAACACUACGCUGCUGGAAAAGUUGCUCGAGUUGGCUAAGAACGAGUCGGUGGUCAGAGGUCAGGAUUACUUUACUGUCGUGAGAUAUAUCUCGGCCAACUCGUACGGUACCGACUUGGUCUGGGAUUGGGUCAGGGAAAACUGGGCGUAUCUCGUGGACAGGUUCACCCUGAACGACAGGUACUUGGGGUCACUCAUCCCCGGCAUCACGGGGUCGUUUUCGACCCAAGAGAGAUUGGCGGAAAUGAGAGCGUUUUUUGCGAAAUACCCUAGCGCGGGGGCGGGCGAGUCGAACAGGAGGACCGCCCUCGAACGCGUCCGAAAUAACAUCAGAUGGCUCUCUAGAUAUAGAGGCGCGGUAGAGAGUUGGUUUCGCGGAGUCGUAAUGUACUGUAUAAAACUUUCGAAUUCUCAGGUUAAGUGCUGACACAGCGGAGACGUCGCAUGGAAGCGUUUUUCGGCAAGUAUCCGGACGCGGGGGCGGGAGCAUCGAACAGGAAAACCGCCAUCGAGACGGUCGAGAACAACAUCAGGUGGUUGGCCAAUUACAAGGAGACGGUGGAAAGUUGGGUUAGAAACGCGACCGUGGGCUGAUGUGCUUCGGCGUCGCCAUUUCAUUUUUAUUUUUCCUGUAAUUUACUUGUCAUUUUCAUUAAACAAGUCGUUUUCGUAA